AAGUAUUUUUUUCUUCAGGGCAGAAGAUCCCUUUUACAUGGCACACCAAGAACUAGUAGAUGAAGCUUCAAACCAAGAUGUACAUUCUAGAAGAAGGGAGACACUUCACAUGAAAAUUCAGCAAGAGAGAAAAAUCUCAUAUAAAAUUGGUAACAAAAGAAGUCGAAGGUAUGCAAGUAAUGAAUCGAUAUCUUCCGAGCCAGUGCAUAGCGAGUCCAGUUUGUGUGGUUCACAAGAUUCUGAUGCAGACGAAAACAGUAGUAGUAGGUAUCUUGAUAAGAAUGGUCAGCUGCCAGAUUUGGACACACUUCUAAAGACAAUUAAACAGCCAGUUCUCACUCCAUAUGUACCUGAAAAAUCAAAUACAAAUAUACAUGAUUAUCUAGAGCCUGAUGAAAUUGGUCAUAUUAAUCACAUGAUUAAGAGUCUUUCUGAUGCAGUGUUAAAUAUUAGUUUACCAGAUACAUUGUAUAAAAAUAAAGGUUUCACCCCACUGGAUUAUAUGGAUAUUCACUUGAAUGCUGUUAUAAGGCAAUUUUUCUUUGUUUUCAAAAAUGAAGAUUUUUUGAAUCUUACUUUACCAGAUCAAAUUGCACUGCUGAAUGGAUGCUCAUUGAGAGCAGUGUGUUGUGCUGGGUUGUACCUUUUCAAUAGAGACUCAGGAUGCUGGUAUAUUCCAGGUUCAACUAGUAGAAUUAACCACCCUGUUGUACAUGUUUCAGACUUACUUAAAGUGUACCCUCAGUACCUGGUCAACAGGCUCUUUGAACUGAAUAUGGUAGCUUCUAAAUUGGGUUUUGAUUGGCCAAUUGGAGUUAUUACAAAUUGCAUUCUUAUGUACACUCCAAUUAAGAAACUUAUCCAAGAAAUGGAUAAGGUAGAUAUCCUAAGGAACAAAUACGUAAAUCUCUUGUUAAAAUACAUUUCCUGGAAACAUGGGCACCACAAUGCAUCUUUAAUAUUUCCCGAAAUGUUAAAAGUCCUGGAUGCAUUAUUACUACUUGUUGAGGAUUUAUCAACAAUUACCCUCAAUCUGAGUGAGGAUGAGGUUGUGGCUGUUGAAGAGAGAUUGUCCUCUCUUACAUUAAUUCAAACAGCACCCCUAAAAUGUCAUUCAGGUAAGUUCAAGGAAACAAUUGCUUCAUGGUCAUCUUUGGAUUGUGUAAAGCUUGAAGAUAUUCAGAACAGAUUGUGCAUGGCACUGCAGCUCAGCAUGCUGGACUCGAUCCAGUCAAGUACUGCAGAGUAUUGGACAACAAGCAGCAUGUUUUAUACCUCUAGUUUGCCGCGAGAUAAUUUUCUCACUGAACAUAAAAAAAAUACUCAGAUUAUAUCUUCCUCUAAGAAGAGCUAUAAGAAAAAUCAGAAGUACAAUCAGAUAUCUCACAUAGAUUACAAAUUAACACAGCCAUGCAAUAAAACCUCAAAAAUUAACAAUUUUCUGUCUGAAAAAGAUUUGUUGUUGUUGAGAAGGUUUUUGGAAGAUGUUACUGUUAGGGAGAACUCUUUAUUAGUGCAAAAUAUUAGGGAAAGAAUGGAUUCCAAACAGAUUCAGCUAAUAAUAAAAAAAUUAUGUUCAUAGAAGUGUUAAAGGCUUAUUGUUGCUAUUGCUGAAAUGUAUAUAUUGUUCAAAAAAAUAUUUAUUGUUUUAUAUUCCUAAAUACAAACAUAAAAUUGUUGCUGUAGAAGCAUUUUAUUUGGUUAAGUCUUAAUCAUAAUUUAGUAUAGUACAUGACUUGUGUAAGGUACCUGGGCUCAAGGGUGCCAGGUUUGUGUUGUGAACAUGUAAUUGACUUUGUACUUGUUAAGAGAAGACUAUAAUUUCACCUGAUAUAGUGCUGAAUUAAUGCUUUUGUUUCAGAUACAGUAACACUGUGUAACUACCAUAUUACAGACUGAAUAAUUCAUGCAUGGUAUUUUUUAUCUUAAUUAUGUUGGACAGUUAUCCAGUGCAACAGUUUCCAGCAUCAGCGUCACAUUUGUUGUUGUUUUUCACAUUGUGUAACUCUCCGUUAGAUUAGUAGCUAUACAGUAGAAAAUUAAGUUUUUCAAUGAGCAUUAAUCAAAGAAGUAUUUUUAUUGUACAGUACAAAGUAAUACUGUACAUGUGGCUUAACACAACGUUACAUGUAAAAUUUCGAUUAUGUAUGGUACAACAGUGUAUUGAUGAAUUACUUGAAGCAAAAUGUAUUGCUCUGCUUUUGUAUCGGGACAAAGUAGUAUCUUAUAAGAGAGAAUAAUAUAAUUGAAGUCUUUGUACAUUUUACAUAAUCUAAUUUUAUGAAGUUUGUAUAGAUUUUUUCAUUGUUUUAUAAUUGUCAUGCAUCCUGUGUUAUAGCACCAACUUGUAUAUUUAUAUGGUUGCUCUUGUUCACUUGUCUAUCUGUUGGUACUGUAAUGUAUUUUCUUGAGAAAAUUCUUGUCCUAAUUCGGAAAUUCUCUCAAAACAUUUUAGUGAUAGACUAGGAAGAAAAUUGCAAAGUUAAGCAUGCUUGGUUAUAAUCUAGGAAGAACACUAUAAAUCUAAACAUUUUACAGAUAGACUAUGAAGAACACUGAAUUAGACUGUGAAGAACACUGAAUUAAAACAUUAGUGAUAAAGAUUACUUGUAUGAAAAUUUAUCUGCAUUUUGUAUAACUAAGUAAGUUUCUAGUUACCCUUGAAAAAGUAUCCAGUAAACGUAUAGUACAGCUCUUGCUAUAUGCUACUGGCCAUAAAUCAACCUGGAUCAUGAGAUGGGGAACAAGAUAUGCUUGGAUUUUUUCUUAAUCCCACAUAUAAAACAGGGGUGUAUAUUCAGUCCUCUUAGAUGAGUAAAAAAAAAAAAUUUUUUACAUUGGCACUCGACACCUGCAGCACUUUAAUAUCCUGUGAAGAAACAAAUAAUGUUGCAUAUUUAUAAAUUAAUAUUAGUCACAGGUCUAAACACUAAAUUAGCUGUUACUGGCACAAGUCAAUACAUGCACUGUUUUCACAUCCUCUGCAUCAUCAGGACUGAAAUGUUAGGAUACUGGAGAUGUUUGAAUGCAAAUUGUUUAUCACCUCAAAAGUCCCAGGUUCUGAUUGUCAAAAUUUUAAGUGGGACUCCACUAAUGUCAAUCAUAUUUCUGUACUUAUAAUUUAAAUUUUAAAUUGACAUUAGUAGUGGAAUUCUCCAAUUAUAAUGAAUACUGUAGUGCCAUUUAUAUGAUUGGAAGUGUACUCUGUAUUAAAGCUUUAAUUGUUGGAAUUGCAAGGUUUCAGAAGUGCAGAGUAAAUAGGUGGUUUCCUGCCUGAGUGGUGAUGUAAGCAAUAUUUAUAGAUCCUCUCCUCCAUCUGUUUACAUGAUCAUGGUUAAAAUGAGGAAACUAUAGAAAGUAUUUCACUAAUUGUAUAUACAUUGUGAAUCAGUUUAGCUGCUACUUAAUGUACUCGCCUAUUUGUGGUUGCAGGGGUCGAGUUUUAACUCUUGGCCCUGCCUCUUCACUGGUUGCUACUGGGUCCUCUCUCCCCCUGCUCCAUGAGCUUUAUCAAACCUCGUCUUAAAACAAUGUAUGGUUCCCGCCUCCACUACGUCACUUUCUAGGCUAUUCCACUGCCUGACAACUCUGACUGAAGAAAUACUUCUAACAUCCCUUUGACUCAUCUGACUCUUCAACUUCCAAUUGUGACCUCUUGUUUCUGUGUCCCCUCUCUGGAACAUCCUGUCUUUGUCCACCUUGUCUAUUCUGCGCAGUAUUUCACAUGUCGUUAUCAUGUCUCCCCUGACCCUCCUGUCCUCCAGUGUCGUCAGGCCUGACGACACUGCUACUUAAUGUGUGUGCAUGUACGUGUACAAGUACAUGCACAUUUGUAUAUGCACGUACAUGCAUUCACCUAAUUGUACUUAACUACUUGUGGUUGCAGGGGUAGAGUCUUAGCUUCUGGCCAGACUUCUGCUGGCCAUUAUUAGUUUCACUCCUGGCUUUGAGCCCUCGUACCUAAUAAAACUGUAUGAAUUCUGUCUUUACCACUUCACUAUCUAGGUCAUUUCCUUACCUUAUCAUAGAACUCUAAAAGAUUUGCAAGACAGGAUUUAUCUUGAAAACAAUGCUGAUGGUUUAUGAAUCUACUCCUUUCCAAGUGCUCCACUAUUUUCUUCAUAAUCUUCUCCAUACCCUUACAAACUAUUAUGUUUUUGACACAGGCCUGUUGUUUAGUGCCACCUGUCUAUUGCCUUUUUUUGAAUACAGCCUCUCCUCACUUAGCUGCAUACUCGUUUACUGAUGCCUCAGCCUUAUGAUGGGCUUUCUGACCAGUAUUCAUACCUAAAUAAUGUAUAUUAGAGCUAAUUUCCUCUAUUCUGUUUAUAUCAAUAUACAGAACAAUACUGUAUAAACAUUUAAAAAUAUACCAGGAAUAUUAUAGAUGGUGCAAAAGUGACAUUAAAGUAAUAUCAAAGACGGUUGAUACAAACUCACUACUCACUUAGCGACGAAUUCGGUUAACGGCAUGAUCGUAGGAACGGAACUCCAUCGUUAAGUGAGGAGAGGCUGUACUGGGACUACAUUCACUGUUUUUCAGACUGCUGCAGCUGCCCUGGGUCAAAUAAUUUGUUGAAGACUGCUACCAAUGGUUCACACAGUUCCUCUCCUCUCUUGCAGAACCCAGAUAGAUUUUUGUCUGGUUUCAUCACCUUAGAGGUAACUAGUUCACUCAUUGUUUUCUUCACCUGUUCUGUUGUCUGUAUUGUGUACAGUACUCUUUGAAGCACUCGUGGACCCUGGCAGUGUUCCUGAUUCCACUGAGAAUACCUCCCUAAACCGUUCAUUCAGCUCUUCAGACUUCCUGGUCAUUCCUUCACCCUCAUUACCUUGCCCCUUGGUUAUCUUCCUUCUGAUGUGGCUGUACACCAGCUUUUGCUUCAAUUUGGUUUUUGAUGCUAUGUCAUUCUCAAAUUGUUGUUCAGCUUCUCUUGCUCACACACAUUCAUUUCUGGUUUUUCUGCUUGCUUCCCUAUCCUCUGGCAUUUUUUGCUUCCUGUGUGUGUUCCAUAUUCUUGCAUUUUUAGCUUUUACCUCCCUUUACCUCUGUAUGAGCUGUGGGGCUCAUUCUGUUCUUGCUCAUUUCUUUCCAUCUACAUACUCCAUUUCAUUGGUAGCCUUUCCUUCUAGCUCCCUUUCCCAUGGCAUGCUGCUUAGGAAUUGCUUCAUAACAUAGUAUCCUCUGAAAUCAGGUUUGUCCUUUACUUUCUAUGUUCAGUUCCAUAAGGUAUUCGAACCUCAGCACUGCAUGGUCACUAGCAGCAAGGGGCCUAUCAAAUUCGAUGUUCACUACACUAGUCACUUAGGGUGAAUUCAAGGUCCAGCCUCACUGGUUCGUCCCUCUAGUGUCCCUGACGUGUUGAUACGUGGAGUUUUCCAUCACCUCCAGCAACUGAGCUCUUCAUGUUUACAGUCCUCCAUAUGGUUCCAGACUUUUCAAAUUUGUUUCCUUAUGGUUGAAGCCUCCCAUGAUCAGUAGUUUUGCAUUGCCUGUGCGGGCUCUUCUAGCUACCUCUACUAUUAUGUCUAUCAUUGUCUUGUUGCUGUCCUCGUAUUCCUGUCCUGGUCUUCUGUUGAGGGGUGGGUUGCACAUCAUUGCUAUUGUUACCUUGGGUUCCCAGAUUCUGAGUGUAUCUAUUACAUAGUCAUUCAAACCCUUCUCAGUUUAUUCCAUUCAUUGCCUCAAAACUCCACUGGUUCUUGAUUAGCAGUGCUACUCUUCCACCUGCUCUGUUUCUUCUGUCCUUUCUUUUUACAUUUAUUUGAUAUUCUGGGAAAACUACAUCUGUAAUCACCUCCAUGAGCUUAUUCUGGUUUUGCUACAGUCUGGGGAAGUCUCCACUAUUCACUUUUUCCAUUCAUCACUUUUAUUUAUUCCAUUCAUUAGCAUACACUUUCAAUUUUCUCAUCAUUACUGUGUUCGUUUCAUAGGCCCUGUUCUAGUUCUUGUUUGUGUCAGGGAGUGGUUGUAUGGAAGGGUGGAGGUAGUGGUGGUGGCUCUUACACUGGUGGGUUGGGACUAUGGGUAGUAUAAUAUGAGGGUGGAUGGACUGGGAUGAGGGUGGGGUUUGAGAAGGGAUCCUGAACCAGCAGGGGUUAGGAUUGGGGGAGUAGGUGAGGGAGGAUUGGGAGGCAGGGAAUGUUUUCUUUUUUUAAGAGUUAGUGCCUGAGUGGAGAGGGAAGGGGAGGGAUUGAGGGACUAUUGUUGUUGGAACUUCAUGUUAGCCUUCAGAUAGGGCUUGCACCUGGUGGUGCUGAGCAUGGUGUCAACCUGGAGGUGGAGCUCUGUUCCUGUCAUUGCAUUCACUGGUUCUCCAUCCUGUAUUCUACUGUUUCUUAUUCUCUCCCUCAGUUUUCUCUUCUGUGAUGUUCCAUCAUGGUCAGGGCACACACCAUGAUAUCUAAAAGUCCCACUCUAUAGCAAUUUCUUAAGAUCCAAUCUCAUGCCAUUUCUGUUGCCAGGGGUAGUUUGACCAGUCACACAUUGUCUCUUACUUUCUUAUCCUCUGAAAAUUUGCCUCCUCAGCACCUCUGUUUAAUGAUGUUAUGAAUCUCCCUUUCAUCUGCUGCCAAUAUCUCGUUAGUUAUUGUCCCUUCAGCCUCCUGGAGACAAUGGAUAAUUAGUGACACCCUUAUCUCCUCCCAUCUCCUUUCUCUCCUGAAUUCAUUGUCUUCUGUUAUUACUUUCCUGCUUCCAUAUCAUAUCCUUCAUCUUCCUGUUUCCUGAGUAUUUCUGCAAAAAUAUUGCUUGUCCCCUCAGCCCUUGCUACUUGCUCUACUCUUGUACGUGGCACUAUUUCCACCUCACACCUUCCCUUUAUCUCCUUUAUCUUCUCUUUGGCAACAGCCUUUUUCUCUUGUACCAUGCAAGCUUCCAAUACUCUCUUCAUCUUAUCCUCCAUCUCUGUUCCAAGAUAAUUUUUUUUCCUCCUCCCUCCCCUUUCCUUUGUUCAUGUGUUUAAACUCUACCAUCAGUACUUCCCUCUAUCCACGGACUUCCUGGUGGCACCUCAAUAAUAACAACAACAAUAAUAAUGUCCCAUAUAUUUGGUCUCUGGUUUUCCAUUUCUGUUCUCGUGUUUUCCAUUACAAACAGUGUACCAAAAAAAAAAAAAAAAAAAAAAAAAAAAAAAAAAAACUUGCUCCAUGCCUGGAGAGAGAUGAUAAAUCAUACAUGUGUAGGAGGUUCUGAAAAUGGUUGUAAUUUAGUACAUGGUAGACAGCUGUGGGUUGUCUGUUCAUCCAACUGAUAAAACUUACUUGAAUUGGCUGACUUCAUAACAUACCUUACUGUACAAUUUUUUAGUGUAUAAUAUUGAGGAAGGAAGGAAUUUUUUUUUAUCGUACCUUAAAUUCUGUAUUUUAUUGCUUGUUGUUGAAUUAUUUGGAGAGGAUUGUGACUGUUGAGCAGUAAAUGUGCGAGUCAUUUGUUUUAUCAGCUAAUACCAUCAUAGAUU